UAUUUGGUUUGCGAGUACAUAUGCAUGCACUUCGAAUUUGUUUAUAUGUAUAUAUUUUUAAAAGAUUUGAUUUGUUUUAUAUAAUCAGAUUUGUUUAGUCACCUCUUAAACGACAAUAUGUUGGCGGACAAAUUUGUUAUUUAGCCAAUUUUCAAUUGAUUCAUUUUAACGAGAGCUGAUAAUUGUGAAUCAAACCAAAAAAAAAAAUCGAUAUUAUAAAUCACUUUUCAAUUUGUGAUACACUUGUGCUCAAAUAAUCGAAACAGUUGGAAAUUGAGUCGUUGAUUUUUUUCUCGUCGAAGGAGAAAAAAAGAAAAUUAAAAUGACUGAUCUAAUCCUAUCAUUUGUGAUCUUUGUUGGCUCUAUACUAUUCGUUAUUCUUCUCAUAUUUUUAGGAUGGUAUUGUGUUUGGAAAUUUUUCCUUUGUCGAUUUCGUUUGGUUCGUGAAUUAUUCAGACUCAAUGAACAACGACAACAAAGUCCAGAUAAUAUUAAUACAAGGAUACGUAAUCGAUCUGUCACCAAAGUUCGGCCACCUAAAAUUGACUAAAAAAAAAUUAAAAUUUUGUCCAAUUUCA